AUGCCCAGCUGCUACCAGGACAGCACUACACCCGACAAUUGGGGGCACUCCACAGCCAUGGCGUCCGACGAGAUCAUCUGGGGCAUUAUUGACAAGCAGUUCUGCUCGUACAAGCUCAAAGCUCCAAGUGGUCAGGGUUUCUGCCACAAUGAAUUCAAUGUUACCGGUAUCUGCUCGCGGCAGUCCUGCCCGCUUGCCAACUCUCGAUAUGCCACCGUCCGAGCGGAUCCUGAAUCCGGCCGGAUAUACCUCUACAUGAAGACGGUGGAGCGGGCGCAUCUGCCUUCGAAGCUGUGGGAACGGAUACGGUUGUCUCAGAACUAUGCCGAGGCGCUAUCGCAGAUCGACACCCGGCUCAUCUACUGGCCCAAGUUCAUGACACACAAGUGCAAGCAGCGUCUGACGCGGCUGACACAGGUGGCAAUCCGCAUGCGCCGUAUUGCCAAGGAAGAAGAGCGGUUGGGUGAGCGGCUGGUGCCGAAGUUGGCGCCCAAGGUCCGGCACCGCGAGAAGGCGCGUGAGCGCAAGGCGGAGGCAGCGGCGCAGCUAGAGAAGACGAUUGAGCGCGAGCUGCUGGAGCGGCUGCGGUCUGGCACCUACGGCCACCAGCCGCUCAACGUGAGCGAGACCAUCUGGAAGAAGGUCCUCGUGGCGAUGGAGCGGGAAGGUGGUGCGGUCCGGGACAAGGACAUGGACAAGGGCAAUGGAGACGAAGAUGACCUGCUGGGCGACGUGGAGUACGUCAGCGACGUGGACGAGAGCGAGGACGACCUCGGCGAUAUCGAGGAUUGGAUCGGCGACGGCUACGGCGACGACAGCGGCAGCGAUGAUGAGGAUGAGGACGAUGAGGACGAGGACGAGGAUGAGGACGACUCGGAAGACAGCGCCACAAAGAAGAAGAGCAAGACCAAGGCGGGCGACAAGCGCAAGCGUGGCCGCGUUGUCCGGCAGCCGCUCAAGGUGGCCAAGCAGCCGCAGAAGAAGAUGAAGCAGAUGGUUGAGUACCCGAGCAAGACGGCGGCACUAGACUUCUGA